UAGGAUACCCUUAGAAUAAUGAUAAUAACUAAUGUUUGUUGAGCACUUACUGUCUAUUAGGUACUGGGUCAGUGCUUUCUUGGCUGCAAUCCUAAGCAAAGCUCUGUGACUGGGCGCUUUGAUUGUGCCCAUUUUGCCGAGAGACUUGAACCCAGGUCUCUAACUCCAGGACCCAUGUUUUCCUUACUGUGCUGUUGUGCUGUGAAAUUAGGGAUCUGAACCAAUGAUGCUAGGGUCACCGACAUCUCCGAAGCCAGGGGUUAAUGCCCAGUUCUUACCUGGAUUUUUAAUGGGGGAUUUGCCAGCUCCAGUAACUCCACAACCUCGAUCAAUCAGUGGCCCAUCGGUAGGAGUAAUGGAAAUGAGAUCACCUUUACUUGCAGGUGGAUCACCACCACAACCAGUUGUACCAGCUCAUAAAGAUAAAAGUGGAGCUCCACCGGUUAGAAGUAUAUAUGAUGAUAUUUCCAGCCCAGGACUUGGAUCAACACCUUUAACUUCAAGAAGACAGCCAAACAUUUCAGUGAUGCAGAGUCCUCUUGUUGGAGUUAUGACAACUACUCCUACUCCUGGAGCAGGGCAAAGUAUGUUUAGUCCAGCAAACAUUGGUCAACCACGAAAGACAACAUUAUCUCCUGCACAGCUGGAUCCUUUUUAUACUCAAGGAGAUUCUCUGACUUCUGAAGAUCACCUUGAUGACACUUGGGUGACUGUGUUUGGGUUUCCUCAAGCAUCUGCUUCCUAUAUAUUAUUACAAUUUGCACAAUAUGGGAAUAUCUUAAAACAUGUGAUGUCUAACACAGGAAAUUGGAUGCAUAUUCGUUAUCAAUCUAAACUGCAGGCCCGGAAAGCCUUAAGCAAAGAUGGGAGGAUUUUUGGAGAGUCCAUCAUGAUCGGUGUAAAACCAUGUAUAGAUAAAAGUGUUAUGGAAAACAAUGACAGAUGUGCUUUAUCAUCUCCAUCUCUAGCCUUUACACCACCAAUCAAAACCUUAGGUACACCAACCCAACCUGGAAGUACUCCUAGGAUUUCUACUAUGAGACCUCUUGCUACAGCAUACAAAGCUUCUACUAGUGACUAUCAGGUUAUUUCUGACAGACAAACGCCAAAAAAAGAUGAAAGUCUUGUAUCCAAAGCAAUGGAGUACAUGUUCGGCUGGUAGUAUAGUAAGAACCGAGAACUCACCUACCGUGGAGGAGGCUGCUACACUAAAACAGAGUCAGCAGAGUACCGCCAACUUCCUGUGGUUAGUUAUAUAACCACUCUUGGCGGUAUUGGAAAGCUGGCUCAUACUUUCCUUAGAAGCCUUUUUCUUUAAGGAUACAGCAUAUUUGUAGCUCGCACUUUAAAAGAUGCUUGAGACACGUUUUAAAGAAAAAAAAAUCCCUGUAAAUAGGAUUUGGUGCUUUCUGUGAUAAUUGCAUGCUUAAGCACAAAAAACUCAGCAUUGAUUACUGUAAAAUAUCUAAUUGAAUUUGUCGUGAGGCUUUGUAGUCUUCAGGAGUUAAUGGGCUGAAUUUCAUGAAGGGUAACUUGUACAGCUCCUUCUGACAAGACACAAAGAUUAUACUUAACAAUUUGAAUUAUGAUCUUUUAAUUUAAUAUUUUAAUUAUCUUGUUUAUAUAUGUCCUAUUGUGGAUUGUCAUCCUUCAGUAUUCUAAAACCAAAACAGUCUUUUUAAAAACCCACUAAAGUUUCUUGAUAAUAAACUUUGUCAAUUAUAUAUAUUGAA